AUGAGCGCCAAGGCGAGCUUGAUGAAGACGCUCAAGGCGGCGAACGAGGCGUUGAAAGCCGGGGACGCCGCGAGCGCGCGAGGUUUGGCGAAGGAGGCGAUCGAGGCGGACGGGGACGCGUACGAAGCGUGGGUCAUGGAUGGAAAGGCGGCGAACGCGCUCGGGGCGCUCGAUGACGCGGUGAAAUCGUACGAGCGUGCGAUUGAGAUCAGAAGCGAGCAUCCAGCGGCGUAUCAAGGGUUGAAUGAGACGUUCGCGGCGAAAGGUGAUGUCGUGGGGCGGUUGCGCGCGUUGCGAGCGCUCGUCGACGCGCAUCGAGCGAGCGGGAAGGUGGACAAACUCGUCGAGUUUUUGAAACAAGCGUGCGCGUGCGCGUGGGAAAACGCGCAAUGGUCGCGCGUGAUUGAGUUCUGCGGUGAGAUGGGCGAGUUUCGCACGGGAGAGGUGGACGAAGUGACGCGCGUUGAGUCGGUCAAACGCGCGUGCGACGGCGCGUUGGCUUUGCGCGACGCGCGCGCCGCCGAGGCGGGAGAGGCGGCGGUGCAAAUGCUUCGUUCGAAGACUAUUGCGAGUAAGGCUGAAGAAGAAGCUGUGCGCAAGUUGGGUGCGCGAGCGUCGCACGCCGUGGACGACGAAGACUUGGCGACGACCCUGCGAGCUUGGCUGAGCGAAGACGUCGCCAACGCGUCGUACGAUUCACGGACGCACGCCGCGGAAUUGGAUCGACUCGACGCCCGUCUGGCUGCUGCGCUUUCGGGAUCGGUCGACUGCGACUUCGAUGUCAGAGCGUGCGCACGUGAGGCGCUGACUGAGGCUACUGUACUCAUCGAUCGAUGGGGCGAAGUCGUCAUUGAUCUCGUCGAGCCGCUGUGCGUGGAAAUCGUCGCCGCGCUCGAACUCGGUUUAGAUUGCGAAGAAGAGGGAUGGGAUGAUAACGAGGUCGAGGAUGAAGAUGAGGCGAAAGUCAUACGUUUGCUCGAGCGCGUGCUCGCUUUACGGGCGAACACGAUCGCGUCAGGCUGGCUCGCGCUCAGGGACUCGCGUCGAAGCGGCGCAUUUACGCAUUCAUGCCGUCCCGCGACUCCUCCUCGAGAAGACGCCAGAGGUUUGCUGACGCCGGAGCUUCGGGACGAAAUUGUAACCACGCUCAAUCGCGAUGACGAGUCGAAAGUGAGCCAUGCGUCCGCCGCAAUCGGCUGGCUUGCGUUGGCGGAGUCCAUGCUCGUCGGCGGCGAGCGUGCGGACGUGCACGCGCUUCAGGCCGCGACCACGGCGAUGAAAAUCAUGCGCGAAGACAUCACAACAGAUGCAUUACCGAAAAUGUCCCGACGGGUUUUGAUGGUGCACGCUGAGGCUAUGCUUCGCGUAGGGAUGUUUCAAGAGGCGAGGGCUGCGUUUGUCGUGCUUGAAGGUCCGCGAGCGGCGCGAGGAUUGGCGACGUACGCGUUCAACGCGCACCCUCCCGAUUACGAGCGCGCUUUGCAGUUACUCUCCGACGCCGCCGAGACUUACCCUAACGUGCGACGCGUGGGCGUUGAGCUCGGAUGGCUCAUGACCAUUGCUGGAUCUUCAGAGCGUCGAGCCGAGGGGUUGGAGACGCUCGAGCGAGCGUGCGGCGUAAAGUCAGGUGAGCCGUUGUCGACGACGACGCCCGCUGAUGCAAGUGCGCGACUCGGAAUCGCUAGAUGGCGCGCUCAAGUCUCAGCGGCGAAGGGGCCAGGGAGCGCGCACGAGGCGUUACUCAUCGGCGCCGCGGGCGAUUCGGCGCAUCGCGCGGCGGCUUUCGCGCAUCUCGGUCUUUCGUGCGGUGCAAGCGGCGAUGACGCGCGCGCGCAAAAGUGUCACGCGCGUGCGCUGGCACUCGACGCUGCGGACCCGACAUCUGGGCCUGUGGCGUUUACGAACGCGUUGGACGCGAACGACGACGCCAAGGCGACGUCCAUUUGCCGCGCUGCGCUCGCCGUGGAUUCGCGGUGCUCCUGGGCGGCGAACAGACUCGCGCCAAUGUGCGCUCGUAUCGGUGAUCACAGCGGUGCCAUUGGCGCCUUACAAGUAGUCUUGCGUGUUUCUCCUCGAAACGCCAGCGCCUGGGAAGCUUUAGGUGCGUCGUACAACAGUCUCGGUAGGCAUUCCGCCGCGCUCAAAGCAUUCGAGCGAGCGAUGGAGUUGAGCGAUGAAGCGGGCGAGGGAGUUCGCUCAUACGCGGCUUCGCAAACAGGACACAUUUAUUUGGCGCUAGGAUCCUCCGCAGACGCUAUUGAGGCUUACGACAAAGCACUAAGCGAUGGCGUCGAUCAUUUAGCCGCCUUGUUUGGUUCGGCGAGCGCUCACUCGUAUUACGCCAAAGGCGCGUUGCGCUGGGGCGCUCCGGGACGCGCCGCGGUAUCACUAAAAGCCGCAACAAAAGCAGGGAAACGCGCGGUAGAAAUCAUGGGCGACGGCGCCACCGCAACGGUUUGGAAGUUGCUAGGGGACAUUCAUCACCUCGCAGCGCAAGUCAAUGAUCCAGCGCUCGGGAAGGACUUCACAUCCAUGCUUGCCGCGCGAACGACCGAAGCUCGCAGCGCGGUCGAGGCGUACGGAAAGGCAUUGAACCUAAAACCCGACCGUCCCGGUCGAUGGCGUGACGUCGUUGCUGCGCUGCGAUUGCAAACCGAGAUUCACAAACUUUCAGGCGACGUCGCAGCUGCGGAGGCGAGCGCGGCAAAGGCGUGGGAACGCGCCGCGGGCUACCUUCGAGUCGCCCCAGGCGACCCGUUCGCCUGGUUCGCCGCGGCAGCGAUCGAUGAUCCUGCCGUAAUUUCAGACGCUGUGCGCACUGAGCGAAAAAUCACCGCUUUAUCUCGCGCCGUCGCACUCAAUCCCACGUUUGCUCAAGCGUGGUGCGCGCUGGGCCGUUUGUAUCUAUCAUCGGGCGACGUCGGCGAGGCGACUUUAUCGCUUGACAGCGCGCGUAUCGCCGACCCAAGCAGUGGUGAUGCGUGGACAGCGACUGCAGCUUUGCACAUAGCCACUGGUAAAUUAGCUGAAGGACGCGGCGCGUUCCGUAUGGCGGCGGCGCUUGGCGCCGGCGCGGAGGCAGAUUUGGGAUGUGCGCUCACGGCGUGCGCUUCUGGGUUGACUUAUGCCAAAGAUGCUUACGCGGCUGCUCGUCGGGCGAGUGAAAGUUUACCCGUUGAUUCUACAGCGGCGAUCGCACUCGCCCUUUGCGCCGAAUGCCGAGGGUUGUUUGAGGAAGCCGAAGAUGCAGCGGCGCACGCAGUGGCGUCGCUCGAAAACGUCCCUGCGCUGGGCGGCGAUCCAAACGUCAUACGAACCGUCGCAGAAGAAUGCCGCGCUCGAGUGUCGCAAAGACGGUUGGACGAUUCCGACUCAACCGCAUCCACGAGUGUUGAUGGAGACUUUGAGAACACGCUUGAACGCGCCAAACUUUUGGUGCAUGCGCGACCCGGAGAUUUGAAGAUGCAGGACGCUUUGACGCGCGUGGCGUCGUGCGCCCCAGAUCACCAAACAGUCGUUUCGGCCCUCUCUGCAUGCCCACCAUCUUCACCAAACGGUGACUAUCGCGUUCAAUCUUCGCUCGCGCGCGCUGCGGCGGCGUGCGCCUUGAACGCGUCGACCGUUGUCGGCGACGCCGAGGGCUCGGCUCGAGCCAAUCGAUUCGUUGCGCGCGCGACGAUGCUCGAUCCAUCCUCUACAGAGUCCCUCGAACUGCUCAACAUCGUUCUCGAUCGACGUAAGGGCAUCGUUCGAGAAGCCACGCAAUCGGAAGCACACGAGCUCCACGCCGCGCUCAAGUCUGCCUUGACGCAGAGCGCCGCCGGCGAUUCAGCCUCCGCCGAAGCCGCCGCGCGCGCCGUCGUCAAUCGCGAGCCCAUCACCGACGCCGCGCAAGCCGCCGCUCGUCUCAUCCUCGCUUCGUUUCUCAUCGAACGCUCUCGACGCGACGGCGACGCCAAACCGGCGAAGGAGGCGAUCAAGGUAUUGGCGAAGAUUCCAUCCGAAGCCGGCGCUCGAGUCGCCGAUCUCGCGGCGGCGCUGGCCGACGCCGUGUCGGGAUGA